AUGAAAAACUACUACAUUUGUUUAUUGGGAAUAAUUUUUAUUAUAAGUUAUAGUCAUGCAAAAGUUAUAAAUAAAGAAUUCGAUAUAUGUAGAGAGAUAUUAGGAGAAGAACUGAUUAGGGAAAUUGGUUCUUAUGAAUCUGUGAAAGAUGAAAUACUGAAAUAUGUUAUAGAAGGCGACUUUAAAGGGAAAACGUACAAUGAAUUGGCUAAGUUUGUAGAUAAAUUUGGUGCUCGUCCAUCAGGCACUGAAGCUCUAGAGAAUUCUAUUGAUUACAUUAUUGAAAGGACACGUGAAGAAGAUAUAGAUAACAUAGUUACAGAGGAAUUAGAGGUACCGCAUUGGUCUAGAGGCAAAGAGAAAAUAACUAUGUUACAACCAAGAAUUAAAAAUAUAUCUGUGUUAGGAUUAGGUCGCAGUAUCAGUACACCACCAGAGGGCAUAACCGCUGAAGUGGUCGUUAUUAGAAAUUUUGAUGAACUAGAAAAUAGCAAGGAAGAAGAUAUCCGGGGAAAAAUAGUAAUAUACGAUCCUGUUUAUACCACAUAUGGUGAAACUGGAAUAUACCGAACACAAGGUGCAUCUAGAGCAGCAGCUAAAGGUGCUAUAGCGUCAUUAGUACGUUCAAUUACACCAUUUUCUAUUUACUCGCCACACACUGGUGCACAAACAUAUGAUGAAAAUGUUACAAAAAUCCCAAUAGGCGCUAUUACCCUGGAAGAUGCUGAUUUAAUUAGAAGAAUAACAAAACGAGGAGAAAGAGUAGUUUUGAAAAUUGAAAUGAUAUCUUCUUACGAUACUAAAAUAUCAAGAAAUACUAUUAUUGACCUAAAAGGAAGAGAAAAGCCUGAAAGUCUUGUAAUUGUAUCGGGUCACAUCGACAGUUGGGAUGUUGGUCAAGGAGCUAUGGAUGAUGGAGGCGGAAUUUUUAUUAGUUGGGCGGCUCCUGUAAUUUUAAAGCGUUUAAAUUUACAGCCAAGAAGAACAGUCCGAUCAAUAUUUUGGACUGCGGAAGAAUUAGGUUUGGUUGGCGCUUAUGCAUAUGAAGAAAAACAUCGAGAUGAAAAUCAUAAUAUAAAUUUCAUAAUGGAGUCUGAUGUGGGCACAUUUGCUCCUCUGGGUUUGACAGUAGCCGGUAAUCAGGAAUCCAGAUGUAUUAUUGGAGAGAUUUUGAAAUUAUUUAAAUCGAUUAAUGCUUCAGCUUUAAUCGAAACCAAUAGUCCUGGUCCGGACAUAGCUGUUAUUACAAAUACUGGUAUUCCAGGAGCCGGUCUAUAUAAUGCUAAUGAAAAAUAUUUUUGGUUUCAUCACACUGAGGGAGAUACAAUGAAUGUAGAGGACGCACAUGAACUUGAUCUAGGCUCUGCCUUUUGGACUGCGGUUGCCUACAUAAUUGCUGAUAUUUCUGUCGACAUACCUCGGUAA